ACAUUUACCAGAUAUCCUCUCAUUUUCUGAGACUGUUAUCCUUGUGCACUAGUUCAGUACUCUUUAAGAGUGAUUUUAGCCAAAGAUAGACAUGUGGAACGUCUUAAAUCGCCCUUGUCCCAAAGCCCUUUCGAUAUGAACCUGAUGUCUUUAAAGACUCUUUUAGUAGGUUUACUAGGGAUAUGGACGCUGUUUGUGUUUGCCGGUGCUUACACACUUCAAGCUGAAGGGGUUGACGAUGAACAAUAUACCCAUACACGUGGGUUUCCCGCAGAUGAACCAUCAACAGAUGUCAAUUAUAACUCCCUAGAGUCUUCUGUGGAUCCUGACCAAGCGAAUGGCCCAAAGGUUACUCGUAUAUGUGGACAGGUUUUUGGGCUGCAAGACCGUGAAAAGCUGGAAGCCCUAGUGACUUUAAACUUUGGAAUGAGAGUAGCUCAUAUUGAUAAAUUUGGUGGGUAUUGCUUCUUCAACAUCCCUGUGGGCCGUUACAUAAUCUCAAUUGUCCACAAAAACCAUGACUUUCUGGAUGUUCUCAUUAGAAUCAGAGAAAUUAAAGGAAAGCUUUACAUUUAUCAAACAUAUCAUCAUAUUCAUGUCAAACCAAAUGAAGUAUUUUUUAAUAAACUCUACCACAAACCAUACAUCAGUCCAAGACACAACGAACAAUAUAAUGCAUGGAGGCUAUUUUUCAAACCCUAUGUAUUUCUCACAUUACUGUUCAUAUUCACACUGAGUUUGCCAAAGACAAUCAGCUAUCGAAACUAUAACAACAUAAAGGUUGGUGAAAAAAUUGUCGACCACUUUAAGGACCAACUUUCAAAAAAACGAAAACUAUCGCACGAAGACUACAUAAAUGGUCUAAAGUACUCCUAUUUGCUCUCAAAAUACUCCUACUUUAGAGGGAACAAAAAGGAAGGUGAUAAUGACGAUCAGGAAAGUGAAGAUAGCAGUUCUAUAGACAGCGUAGACUCUGUUGAAAGCUUAGAGCAUAACACUGAGGAGUAUGCCAAGUUCAACUAUGACUCUAUCAAGAAAUCUGAUUUUACGUCUCCGUUCCUAAAUUCGCUAUUAAAGGCAGCCAAGUUUUGGGGAACUGGCUACAACUGGACGAGGUCUACUAGGAUCUUUGACUAUUAAUUUCUUGUGUAU